CAGCAGAGGGAGACCAGAGCUGAGGAGACGUCCGAGGGUGAGGAGCUGCAUUUAAGCCUGGGCGUGCGGUCACGGAAUGAAGGUUGGUGAUGGGCCUGCAGUACGUGGGGGCUGAGGAGGCAACACGUGGCGUCUGCAGUGGGCCUCGGACAGGUCCUUGCUAGAGCAGGAGCCAGACAGCUGCGUGGAAGGUGAUGCUGCGGGCAGCGAGGUGGGCGCCUCUGUGGAACCCGGGGGGGUCUAAAGCUGCAUCCCAGUGAGCCACAGCGGUGGCCUGGGCCCCGACCACCUGGACAGCCAGCUCUACGGACACAUCCUGCUACCCGGCCACCUGCGGCCCCGCCGACCCAAGCUCCAGCACUCCCAGUCCAUCCUACGCAAGCAGGCAGAGGAGGAGGCCAUCAAGCGGUCCCGCUCGCUGUCGGAGAGCUAUGAGCUCUCGUCGGACCUGCAGGACAAGCAGGUGGAGAUGCUAGAGCGUAAAUAUGGUGGGCGUUUCAUAACCCGGCAUGCAGCCCGCACCAUCCAGACCGCCUUCCGCCAGUACCAGAUGAACAAGAACUUUGAGCGUCUGAGAAGUUCUAUGUCGGAGAACCGUAUGUCCAGACGGAUCGUCCUAUCCAAUAUGAGAAUGCAGUUUUCCUUUGAAGGACCUGAAAAAGUCCACAGCUCCUACUUUGAGGGAAAGCAGGUCUCACUAACGGAUGACAGCACCAAAAUCGGUGCACUGGUGCAGUCCGAGCUCGGCGGGGAGAUGGGCCUUCAGGCCAAGACCCCCACCACGCAGAGCGACUUCACGGACGCUAUCUCGGAACUAGAAGAUGCCUUCUCCAGGCAGGUCAAGUCUCUAGCCGAGUCCAUAGACGAUGCGCUCAACUGUCGCAGUCUGCACGGCGAUGACAACCAGUCGGAGCCAGGGAUAGCCCACCAGGACAUGGACAGGGAGGUCAGCUGCCAGGUGAAACCCUCCCGCGGCGCUUCGGAACAUCGCAAACUAGACGAGAUGACGGCGUCUUACAGCGAUGUCACGCUUUACAUCGAUGAAGAAGAACUCUCCCCGCCACUGCCCCUGUCUCAAUCCGUGGACCGACCGUCCAGCACAGAAUCCGACUUGCGCCAGCGCUCCCUCAACUCUUCCCAGGACUACUGGUCCCUGGCUCACAAGGACGAUAAAGGCGACACGGACACCAGCUGCCGUAGCACGCCAUCUUUGGAAUGCCAAGAGCAGCGCCUGCGGGUGGACCACCUGCCCUUACUGACCAUCGAGCCGCCGAGCGACAGCUCGGUGGAGCUGAGCGAUCGCUCCGACCGCAGCUCCCUGAAGAGACAGAGCGCCUACGAACGGGGCCACGGCAACCAGCAGAGCAGCCCCAAGAACAUCGGCCUGCCACCCCGAGGGCCUCCCAGGGACGAGGAGGCUGCCCGCCACCGACCGCGGCAACUGGAGGCCCACCUGGCCAUCAACGGCACCGCCAACCGGCAGAGCAAGUCGGAGUCCGAUUUCUCCGACGGCGACAACGACAGCAUCAACAGCACAUCCAACUCCAACGACACCAUCAACUGCAGCUCCGAGUCCUCAUCCAGGGACAGCCUGAGGGAGCAGACGCUCAGCAAGCAGACGUACCACAAAGAGACCCGCAACAGCUGGGACUCGCCCGCGUUCAGCAAUGACAUCAUCCGCAAGAGGCACUACCGCAUCGGCCUCAACCUCUUCAACAAGAAACCAGAAAAAGGCAUCCAGUAUCUGAUAGAGAGAAACUUUGUGCCGGACACUCCGGUGGGUGUGGCCCACUUCCUGCUCCAGAGGAAAGGCUUGAGUAGGCAGAUGAUUGGCGAAUUCCUGGGUAACCGGCAGAAACAGUUCAACCGAGACGUUCUUGACUGUGUGGUGGACGAAAUGGACUUCUCAGCGAUGGAGCUGGACGAGGCGCUCAGGAAAUUCCAGGCACACAUCAGAGUGCAAGGUGAAGCACAGAAGGUCGAGCGCCUGAUCGAGGCCUACAGCCAACGCUACUGCAUCUGCAACCCCGGUGUGGUUCGGCAGUUCAGGAAUCCCGACACCAUCUUCAUCCUGGCGUUUGCCAUCAUCCUCCUCAACACGGACAUGUACAGCCCCAACGUCAAGCCGGAGAGGAAGAUGAAGCUGGAGGACUUUGUCAAGAACCUUCGAGGAGUGGAUGACGGGGAAGACAUCCCCCGAGAGAUGCUGGUGGGGAUUUACGAGCGGAUUCGCAAGCGGGAGCUCAAGACCAACGAAGACCACGUGUCCCAGGUCCAGAAAGUGGAGAAACUCAUCGUUGGGAAAAAGCCGAUCGGCUCGUUGCACCACGGUCUGGGCUGUGUGCUCUCCUUACCGCACCGCAGACUGGUGUGUUACUGCAGGCUCUUUGAAGUGCCCGACCCCAACAAACCUCAGAAGUUGGGCCUUCACCAGAGGGAGAUCUUCCUCUUCAACGACCUGCUGGUGGUUACUAAAAUCUUCCAAAAGAAGAAGAACUCUGUGACGUACAGCUUUCGGCAGUCCUUCUCCCUUUACGGCAUGCAAGUGCUGCUCUUUGAGAACCAGUAUUAUCCCAAUGGAGUCCGUCUCACCUCAGCUAUUCCCGGCGCUGACAUCAAAGUCCUUAUCAACUUCAACGCGCCCAACCCUCAGGACCGCAAGAAGUUCACCGACGAUUUGCGAGAAUCGAUCGCUGAAGUCCAAGAGAUGGAGAAGUACCGGAUAGAAUCGGAGCUGGAGAAGCAGAAGGGCGUGGUGAGGCCCAUCAUGUCCCAGUGCUCCGGACUCAAGAAGGACACGGGCAACGGCAACCUGAGCCGAGGGAGCCUGGACGACAGCUACGCCGUCGUCGAGGGUUUGAAGAGGAGCGCCCUCAGCAGCUCCCUGCGUGACCUCUCGGACGCAGGCAAGCGCGGGAGACGCAGCAGUGCGGGAUCCCUAGACAGCAAUAUGGAAGGGUCCAUCAUUAGCAGCCCCCACAUGCGCCGGAGGACCCCCUCGGGCCGCGACUGCCCGUCCCGCCACAGCGGCCAGUCCCUUCCCAACUCCUCCUCGCUGCUUGGAACUCUGUUCGGCGCCCGGCGGGCGAAGUCGCCCAGCCCCACCCAGCAGGCCCUGCACCCCACCCUCAUCUCCCACACCCCUCACCCAGCCAACCUCCACCACACGGCCCGGUCGGAGACGGACGCGCAAGCCUCCGCUCACCCUCACCACGCCCAGUUCUGUCACGUGACCCAGAACCCUCCGCCUUACCACCACCACCACCACUACCACCCGCCGGCCCACCUGCAGCAGCAGCCGCCGCCGCCGCACCAGCAGUACCACGCCGCCCCGUCUCAUAACCAGCAGCCGGCCUACCCGCCGCACCCCCACGGCCACGGGGGCCACCCGCCGCACCCAGCGCACCCAGCGCACCCCUCCCACCCCGUCCACGGGCCCCACCACCACGGCCCACCGCCGCCGCCCUCCCAGGCGCCCAGCAGCGUCAAGCCUAAAAACAGCGGGCAUCAGCACCGUGGUCUGAGACGCGCGGGAAGAGGAGGAGAGGGGAGCGGCUCUGUGAACCGAACUUUUUUUGUUUUUUAAUCUGAUGCUCUUGGCUGCUGAAGUGGGUCUGGGGGGUUUAAAGCCAGAAGAGAUCUUGUACCUCCGGCAUUUUUUUUUGUGUUUGACGCUCCAGCACAUUCAAUAUGAAUUAAUUCCCCCCCCCCCCUCAUUCCGUCUCACACGUCACGCACGGCGCCCUCUGCAGCAGCGGACAAGGACGCAGGAGCAUGCACAAAGACCACAACUACUGUUUCUCCUCAGCAAAUUAAAGCGACACUUUCAAAUAUCUUGCUCAGUGAUUUAACCCAGUGUGGGGUGGCGUGUCGUGGGGGGAGGGGGGGCAGAGAGGACAGAACAGUCACCCUCAGCCGUACAGUAGCUGUUCCAGUAUUUAAUGUAGCGGUAGCUCACAGCGCACUGUGAUAUCUCUGUUAAGAGUGAUGAAUGUGCCAAUUACAGAAGCAUUUACUAAUUUAGUCACAAUUAUUGCUUUGUGUAUACUGUGCAUAGGGUUUUGUAAAAUGAUAAUAUCAACUGUUACUAUAGUUAUUAUUAUUACAGAACAAGGUUCAUUAUAACUCUCUGUAUAUUAUGCUGGCACUUAGAGCUUUUAUUGGUGAGGCAGUGGGGGGGGGGGCUGCGUACGGUUGCUUUUGAGCUCGGGGAAGGGGGUUAAAGGUCGCUGCAGACCUUGAAGCCGUGCUCGUCUUUGGUUUCCCCGGGUCGUAUCUCCACCAAAGCCCAGCCGACGAGCGAAAUAGAUUCACCUGAAUGUCCGCCAUCAUUUUUAUUUUUUUAAACCUUUUGCUGUUGUUUAGAGUCCCAAUGGGGCCGGACUGCGACCUGGCGGGAACGUGCAGGAAGAGGAGGCGUUUAGGGGGGGGGUUUCUCCCAGGACGCUGGCCGCGUAGCGGGGAAAACGGGCCGUGUCCGUCCCCCCCUCUGAAUGUGGAAGCUCUCAGCUGGCUGAGUAGGCCCCUCGUCGGCGUCACCGCAUGCGGCUCCUCGACCGCAACGGCAGAAAAUCAAUAAUUAUCAUUCUGCAGCGGAGCUCUGCUUCCCUUCGCUCACCGGGAAUGGCAGGUUUUAUAUCAAUCAUCUUUCUGACAUAUUACCCGACGAUGUGUCCACAGCGGAGGAGGGGGGGGGGGGGGAGGACACACUAUGCUGGAGCAUUUUCUGUUUUGAGAAGCGACAGACACGGCACUCGUUCUUCUUAGUCGAUAUCAAUGGCAGAAGUUUGAAUCUGUUUGAAGACUAUAGAUUGGAUUCUUUCUUUUUUUACUUGUGCAAUAUGUAUUUACUUCUUUAUUUGUAUCUAAGAGCUUUUUCGAUCCAAUGGUUGUUCCCCUUUGUUUGGUUCUGUUAGCAUUGUCUCUUUUUUGCCCCCCUUCCCUCCGAAUGUACUUUGUAAUUUAUUCCCUUAAAAAGUAUCUACAUGGAUUUGACGGACUGGACCUGCGCUCAUAAAGAAGUCAAAGGAAAACCAUUUUGCAUGUAACAAUGUCUCUCCGGGCUGUUUUCUAACUGUUGAGUUCCACCAAACUAUAUCAGUGUUGCGGUCGACAGUUGUUAAAAACUAAAAAAGAUUAGUGGUAGAUUAGUUUAGACUCUUUAGUUACAGCUAAUGAGAGUCAACUACGUAUUCGUGUCACUUCUCUGGGUCUUUGGCAUAGGAGACAGGAGGGGUGGGGGGGCCGGGGGGGGCGUAGAGCGGACGUGACGAAGGUCUGGACAUCUGGAAGUCCAAGUGAUGACGGAUAAGAGAGAGAUUUGAUUAAAUAGUUAUUGGAUUGUUAAAUUCAGUUGUUAAAAAGCGGAACAUGCUAGUUGCCAGUUAAUCGUUUCAUAGUAACGUCUAACCAAACUUUUUUUUUUUUCAUUUUAGUAAUUUGUUCAUCCUGCUUCGUGUACUGUAGACUUCCCUAAAACCUGACCUUUGGGUCUUUAAAUAUAUGCCUAUCUAUUCCGGCGUAGUGAAGACUCGAUGGAGUCACUAAAGUGCCAAUACUGCAUGGUCAUCACAUUUGAAAACCGAUUUAUACCAAAAUGAAAUGUUCCCGGCACAAUGCCCACAGUUACCUGACCUUUCCGACCCGGAUCGCCGACCAGUUGUAACGCGGCAAAAAAAAAAACCGUGGCUUCCUCCCGUACAGGAACUCACCCCAGAAUUACGUCCAAUCAGUGAGUCACAAACACCUUCAAGCGACUGAGCGGUUGUGAAAAACCCGUCCAGAGUCGGCGUGAAGGCGCUGAGUUGGAUGCCGUUGCUGCCUACCUUUUGUCUCUCUCUCACUUCGUUAUUCGUGGCGUUUUAUGUGUGAUUCCAUGGAGCAGUGGGCUCGACUCUUAGCUUCGUCUCACUUUCUGGCCCUAGUAGCGAGUCUUUUCAUUCCAAGUUGUGUCAUCUUACCCCCGGCUCCCGUUUCAACUCUCAUUCCCACUGUACAGGACAGAGACACACUGCUGGAUGUAAAUAGCUAAUCCAUCCGGGGGGCACAAUGUAAGUCGACGAAGAGGCUCGGAAAAGGGAGGCGAUGUUUUACGGGUGUGUUGGUAGCAGAAACCAAUGAGAAAAACAAAUGUAAAUAGCCUGUAAAUAAUGAUAAUUAUUAUUACACCCACCGCAGGUCCAUCGAAGGUGCAUCUCUGCUCCCCUCUGAUAUUCACAUAAUCAUCGACUGCUUUCUCUCUGCCUCCGACCGGGACUGAUUUAUCACAGGGGUGUAGCGCCGUGGCGUCCGGCUCGUAUUUCCAGGGAGAAGCUCCCGUCGUCUCGCACUCACGGCCCACAUUUGGACGGUCGAAAACGAAAAAGGGACGAGUGCUCCUUAUUUUACUACGCAUUCUGUUUCUAAGUAGAAAAAACCCUAUCGAUGUAAAACUAGUACUGUGACGAUGUUGAGAAACGCAAAAUAAAACGAUAUAUUGUAAAACCCGGA